UAUCAGAAGCCACUAAAUUUGAAAAAGUUGGACGAAUAUACAUUAGCUUUCAUCGUUACUUAUGCCAAGUUUCCUCAACUAUACAACGGUAGUCAUCCGUUGUAUCGGAAUUUUGAAGAAAAAUCAAAAUCCUUGAUGGAAUUUUCAAAUACACUUUUACAUGAGCAUAAUUUAAAACUAAAAUCCGAAUGCCUCUCUAAUGCUAUAAGACAAUUGCAUUCAUGGUAUUAUCGUAUUAAAAAUUAUAAAGAACAAAGAAAGACACAGCUCAAUGCGGACGAAAUGGAAUACUUUCAAAAGUGUACUUUUUUCCCAGAAGAACGUUUAAAAGAAAAAUAUCUGUGCAGUAUUUGUAAUAAAUGUUUUAAUUUAGAAAACAAUUUAAAAGGCCACCUCUUCAAGUGUCAUAAAAUGGGUAAUUUGCCCUUUGAGUGUGACCAGUGCGGAAAAAAAUUUGGAAAGAAGACUAUACUACAUCAACACAUACAACGAAUGCAUGCCAAAAGAAAAUAUAAAUGUGAAUUUUGCAGCAAGUUAUUUGCAACAAAGUCGGAACAUAAUUUUCAUAGCAUGGUUCAUACGGCCGAAAAGCCCCACGUCUGUGAAUUUUGUGGUAAAUCAUUUAGAGUAAAGACACAAUUGGGCUAUCACAUUACGGCUAUCCACACAAAAGUACGUGCUUUCAAGUGCAAUAUGUGCCCCAAAGACUUUCUAAAGAAACGGGACUUGACGGAUCAUGUGAAAAGCCAUUUAAAUAUUCGAGAUAAAAUAUGUGUUACGUGUGGCAAGGGAUUUUCAAAUUGCGAUUCACUGCGACGGCAUCGGCAAAUACAUUCGGCUGUUAAGCGAUAUGCUUGUAAAUUAUGUGAUGCUAAAUUUCAUCAAUUUGUGGGUCUAAACGCUCACAUGAAACGCACCCAUGAUAUUGUUAGUGAGAAUUAAUAAAUCUAUAAGAUUAUCGCUACCAUGUAGUUAUUUAUAUCAAAUACUUACCAGAUCCGUUAUAUAAAUAAAUAAUACUGAAAAAGUCUUUUUAAUAAUAAAUCGGUUGUUUUAUUUCUUUAAUAAGAUUAAGCCGAAUAAAUAUGUUUCUU